AUGAUGCUCUUGAGUCGUAUAGAUCCAGUUCGUAUUGAAUUUCGAUCAAUUGGACAAAAUCAGAUUUCGGGUGAUAGAGUAAAUCCUCUGCUCAAAUGCGUGUUUUUGAAAUCCAGUAUUUCUUCUGUCCCCAAGGCGAAGAAUUUCACUGUUGUUGCAGAGAAGGUAAUAGGCAUCUCUGCUGUUAACCUGCCCCAUUGUCGACCUUUAUUAAAAUCCAACUCAGGUGACAAGAAAAUAAUUCAAAGGGCCGGAAAGAAAGAACACCACUUGUGGAAUAAACGAGAUUCUGUUGGUUCUGGACAAAAGGCAUUAAAUCUUGUUCGAAUUAUGUCUGGACUUCCAAAUGAAAAAGAUGCAGUUUAUGGUGCACUGGAUAGAUGGAUAGCUUGGGAGACAGAAUUUCCAUUAAUUGCCGCCGCCAAGGCCUUAAGAAUCUUAAGGAAGAGGAAUCAGUGGAAGCGAGUUAUCCAGGUGGCCAAGUGGAUGUUGAGCAAAGGUCAGGGAGCAACAAUGGGAACUUAUGACACCCUUUUAUUGGCAUUUGAUAUGGAUGGAAGGGUAGAUGAAGCGGAAUCGUUAUGGAAUAUGAUUUUGCAUACACAUGAACGCUCUAUCUCGAAAAGGCUAUUCUCUCGAAUGAUCUCUUUGUAUGAUCAUCACAAUGUACCAGAAAAGAUUAUAGAGGCAUUUGCUGACAUGGAGGAGUUGGAAGUGAAGCCAGAUGAAGAUACCAUCAGAAGAGUUGCACGUGCCUUCCAAAUGAUAGGUCAAGAAGACAAGCAGAGACUGGUUUUAUCCAAGUACCUAAGCAAAUGGAAAUAUAUCCACUAUAAAGGUGAAAGGAUUAGGAGUUUUGCUCGAAUUAGUCCUUCUGAACCCGAUGGCCUGGUUCCUAUAGCACACAAUGGGAAUAACAAUAACAUUAAUUCCUUGGCAAAAGCUAAUUAUAUGCCUUAUGGGAUUGAUUUCCCUCGUGGACCAACUGGAAGGUUCUCAAAUGGUAAAACUAGUGUCGAUGUCAUUGCUGAACUUUUGGGUUUUGAUGGCUAUAUCCCUCCGUAUGCUACUGCCCGUGGUCGAGACAUACUCAAGGGUGUGAACUAUGCGUCUGCAGCUGCUGGAAUCAGAGAGGAAACCGGUCGUCAAUUGGGAGCCAGAACUUCCUUCGCUGGGCAAGUAAGAAAUUACCAGAACACAGUUUCACAAGUGGUAAAUUUACUAGGCAGUGAAAAUGCAGCGGCAGAUUAUCUGAGCAAAUGCAUAUAUUCAGUUGGAAUGGGAAGCAACGAUUACCUUAACAAUUAUUUUAUGCCUCUCUUCUACUCAUCUAGCAGGCAAUAUACACCCGAACAGUUUGCUGAUGUUCUUAUUCAACAAUAUUCCCAACAAUUACAGGCUUUGUACAAUUAUGGUGCGAGAAAAGUUGCCUUAAUUGGAGUAGGCCAGAUCGGAUGCAGCCCAAAUGAAUUGGCACAAAACAGCCCUGAUGGGAAGACGUGUGUACAAAGAAUAAACUCUGCUAAUCAGAUGUUCAAUAACAAACUGAAGGCCCUAGUUGAUAAUUUCAACAACAAAUUGCCUAAUGCAAAAUUCAUCUAUAUUGAUGCUUAUGGGAUUUUCCAGGAUUUAAUUGACAAACCCUCAAAUUUCGGUUUUACGGUUACAAAUACUGGAUGCUGCGGAGUAGGGAGGAACAAUGGCCAAAUAACAUGCCUUCCAUCACAAACUCCUUGCAGAAAUAGAAAGGAAUAUAUCUUCUGGGAUGCUUUUCAUCCUACUGAAGCUGCAAAUAUCAUUGUCGGAAGGAGAUCAUACAGUUCUCAAAAGGCUUCAGAUGCAUACCCGAUUGAUAUUCGUCGUCUAGCUCAACUCUGA